AUGGCGCAGACAGGGCUAAACCAGGAUCCUGCAGACCUGCUGAGACAAGCCAUGGCACAAAAGUAUGUUCGCAAAUCCCUCUUACCCAAGUGCUUCGUGAUCCGAGUCAUUUACGGGAGACCGGAUGAAGGGGACGAGACAGUCGUGACAUGGACUCACUUCCGAGUACCAAUAUCUCAUACUGCUUUGCCCACGAUACGUCUUGUAUACAGCUGGGACGGUGUCGAGAUCAAUCUGUCACCGAACCCUCCCGACUCGCCACCAUUUGCGUACUUGUCGACGUCUAUUCACUGCGCUGUGGUAGUUUUCUGGAAGUUAGUUGCUAAUGUUUCUUACAGCAGUGCCAGGCAGCAGCUCCGCGAUGAUAUCGGUGAUGGAAUUGGGUCGGGAUCGCCCACUCCUUCAGGCGUAGCGACGCCCCAGCCCGAUCUUCACGAUAAACGGCUACCGGGAAUUAUGCACAGCUACUUUGGCCAGGUGGGUAGAGAUCCUUCUCAAGAUGCAGCGUCACGGUCAUUACAAGCUGCCACAAGCCCUGAAAAGAAUGACGGGCCUGCACAUUCCUCGUUAAAGAGCAGGGAGAAACAUGACGACCGACGGAUGUCAUCUGCGUCCAUAGGCUCGAUGGUGAUGGUGGAGCGGGAACAAGCACCGGUGUCCACGCCACCACCUGAGGAGCCUCAGGGCGAGUCCACGCAGCCCGUCACGCAGGCUGAUAAUUCUCGGAUGCCACCUACGCCCAUUUCGUCUGCCGCUUCGGUGGUGAAUCGAGAUGGAGAGGUUGCAGAGAACGGCUCGUCGAUGCUGGACGGUGGUCUGGCUUCCAUCACCCAGGCUCUGAGGAACUUUGUACUACCCAAGAGCGCCUCUGCGGUGAAAGACCGUCGGCACCAGUCCUUACCCGUCUCUAGCGUUACAAAAAGCAAUGUUUCUGCGGCACACAUCUCUAACCCUACAUCAUCCACUCACUCUUCACGACCUCAAAGCCCCAAACCUCUAUCUCCAAGUUCUGCUGAACCACUGUCCUCUGAGAUUUUGGAAGAGACUCAUGAGCUAACUUCGCGCGUGGCCGACCGGCCGCGUAAAAAGAACACACCUCCUCUCACACCCCGAGCCUUGUCACAAGAAGAUCGACGAGUUGACACGCGAUCGCCGUUAUCCAGCACAAGUACGACUGCUGGGGACAGCAAUGUUGAUUUGACAGAUAAAAGUUUACAGAAAGAGCAAAUUCCGACCAACGCCCCCCGUGGCAAGUUAUCCAUUAAGAUAGCUGAGGGACGGAAUCUGAAGCCAUCAUAUGACCCCUACGUGGUCUGCCAAUUUGAAUGGAACGAGUAUGUUUCGAAAGGGCCGAGACAUGACAAGAUGGAUGUGGAUGAUGACGACCGAAAAGGCCCUGUCGGUGCAUUACAGUCUAUCCCUAUUCGUAGGACAGACAGCGACAUGGGCAAGCCGAUGGCCAUCCCGAUGCGAAGUCGCCAGAGUAGCACAAACGGAACCGGUGAUGACCGUGGACUUACCAAAGUGACUGAUCCACAGUGGGAUCGCGAGGCUACAUUCGAUGUGGUCAGUCAUCAAUCUGAACUGGAUGUAACCGUCUACGACCGCCAGUCCGAGGCAUUCUUGGGUCAUGUCCGUCUCUGUUUAAACCUUUCAGAGCAGCAACCAGAUCUGGAGGGUUUCUUCCGGCUGGAAGCUCGAAGUCCUGAAGACCAUGAUAUAACUGGAGAAAUCCAUAUCAGAAUGCAUUUCACCAAGGUCGACAAGAAACACUUUGGACCUAACGACUUCCAGAUCCUCAAACUAAUAGGCAAGGGUACAUUUGGUCAAGUCUACCAAGUCCGGAAGAAGGACACCGGGCGGAUCUAUGCCAUGAAGGUACUUUCCAAGAAAGUCAUAAUACAGAAGAAAGAAAUACAGCACACCAUUGGAGAGAGGAAUAUUCUGGUCCGGACGGCCACUACCGAGUCUCCAUUCAUUGUCGGCCUCAAAUUCUCCUUCCAAACACCAACGGACCUCUACCUAGUUACGGACUUCAUGUCGGGCGGUGAGUUAUUCUGGCAUCUUCAGAAGGAAGGUCGCUUCAAAGAGGAUCGUGCGAAGUUCUAUAUUGCAGAGCUCAUCCUCGCCUUGAAGCACCUGCACGAACACAACAUAGUAUACCGCGAUCUGAAGCCCGAGAACAUUCUCCUUGAUGCCAAUGGUCACAUUGCUUUGUGUGAUUUUGGCCUGUCUAAGGCCAACUUGACCCAGGAUGAUACAACCAACACAUUCUGUGGAACCACUGAGUACUUGGCUCCAGAGGUCUUGCUUGACGAGCAAGGAUAUACUAAAAUGGUCGACUUCUGGUCACUCGGUGUUCUGGUCUUCGAAAUGUGCUGCGGCUGGAGUCCAUUCUACGCCGAGGACACCCAACAAAUGUACAAGAACAUUGCCUUCGGCAAAGUACGCUUCCCGAGAGAUGCUCUGAGCACUGAAGGCCGGAAUUUCGUCAAGGGGCUUCUGAACCGCAAUCCCAGACAUCGGCUAGGCGCCAAUGGUGAUGCUGAUGAGUUGAUGGCGCAUCCUUUCUUUGCCGAUGUCAACUGGGACGCGCUUGGUAAGAAAAUGCUCAUUCCUCCGUUCAAACCAAAAUUGUCCUCUGUGGCCGACACGUCGAACUUUGACCCCGAAUUUACCAAUGCCCUGAACACGUCGUCAUCUCUUAACGCCCGAGCGGCAGCUCUGGCCGCUGGCGCCAACCCGGCCUCGACGCCAUUGUCACCCACCAUGCAAAACGCCUUCCGAGGAUUCACUUUUGUUGACGAAAGCACCAUGGAGGAACGUUUCGGCGGCUCUCGAGAGCCAGAGGACGAAAGAAUCGACGAAAAUGGACUAGCCCGGUCAAGGACGCAUGAACAUCGGAUGAGUGGUGUACAGAAAACUGGUGAUGACGGAUUCUUUUUCGAAGAAUGA